AGUCCGUAGCGACAGAGGGGAUCCAGGAUUGCGGCUGACCUCCACGAUCCAACACCGAGUCGCAUCCCCCUCUGCCAACAUGUCGAAACUGGACCAGGUCCUGAUUCUGGACCCUCCGUCGGACCUUAAAUUUAAAGGUCCUUUCACAGAUGUAAUCACCAGUAACCUAAAACUGAAGAACCCUUCUGACAGAAGAGUGUGUUUCAAAGUGAAAACAACAGCACCACGCAGGUACUGCGUACGGCCAAACAGCGGGGUCAUCGACCCCGGAGCGACGGUUAAUAUCUCUGUAAUGCUGCAACCAUUUGAAUAUGACCCCAAUGAGAAAAGUAAACACAAAUUCAUGGUGCAGACAAUUUUCGCCCCGCCAAAUGUUUCCGACAUGGAUUCGUUGUGGAAAGAUGCAAAACCCGAUGAGCUCAUGGAUUCCAAGCUGAGAUGUGUCUUUGAGAUGCCUUCUGAAAACGAUAGAGUGAAUGACAUUGACGCAUCGAGAUCAACCCUGUUAAACUCCACGAGGGCGGAGCCGACGCCGGCCGCGAUACCUGCUGCUGCCGCCGCCGCAGUGGACGAUGCUGAGAUGAAGAGAGUGCUGGAGAAGUGCAGGAGGCUGCAAGCCGAGGUCAACAAGCUGACAGAGGAGAACCGACAGUUAAAGGACGAAGCAAAUAGAAUCAGAAAAAUGCCUCGCUCAGACCACGUGACGUCAAACUCCACCAACCUCAUGGGCCGAGAACACAGCAUGGCCUACCUGCCCUCCCUCCUUGUUGUCUUAGCAGCAAUCUUCAUUGGCUUUUUCUCUGGAAAGUUCAUAUUGUAGACUGGGGGUGGAGGGAGGUUGCAUGCCAGCCAUAUCAAUCGUGGCUUCUGGAAAAAGUUUAAAAGAUAUAUAAAUAAUAAAAAAAAAAGGCUUGGAAAAAGCAAGAAGUCUUUUUGUUGACUUUGCCAUAUCAUUGAUCGUGUGGCCUCCAGUGAACACAUCUGUACAGCAUCAUUCGAAGGCGUUGCUUUUUACAAUCUCACACGGUUUAUUCCCCCAAAGAGCCGAGUAAAUUAAAAUAAAAAAAAUAAUAAUAAAAGUAAAGUGGUGGGACGAUGAAUGUUUACCGUCAGGCAACGUGAAGAUGCAAAAAUUUAGGGCCCAUGGGCACGAAGCUGUCAAAAGAUCCGGUUUUUAUUAUUAUUCUUUUCUUCUUCUUCUGUGAUUUUGAUAGAAAUCAAAUGGAAUGUUAGGCGUCUUGUAAAUGUUAUUUUAAAUUCAUUUAACCAGAAAAAGGACGUUUUCCUUUCUCUACCUGUUGCUGGAUUGCCUCUGAAAUAAACUUGUCUGUAAUUUUUACUUUUUUUUUCUGUUGGAAUGUUCAGGUCCAGCUGGGGAUAUAGGUGCCUCAUUCUUGUACAUUUGUUCUGUUUUCCUAACAACAAAAAUACAGAAUUAUUAUUAUUAUUAUUACGAAACAUACUACAACACUUCUUGCUUCUGAGGCAGUUAUGGACUGAAAAGAGGUUUUCAUUCUUAAAGAUGUCCCAUGGUAUUGAUCAUUACCUAAAUAAAAAUAAAAAAUGUGGUUUUUA